GUUGGUGUGGGAGUUCCUCUCCAGACUGGAGCAGCUGCUGCCAGUACCAGACCUCAAACAGACUGUGUCAUUGCUCGAUGCUGCCCCCUCUGUCUUGGAGGAGUGUGUGCAGUCUGCCUCUGACCCACAGCAGCUUAAGGUCCUACUCCAGCACCACAAAUGUGUUGGACACUUGGACAGGAAUGUGACUCCUCCCUCCAUAGACAACUGUAUCCUGUCCUCACUUUCCCUCCCACCAUUUGGAAAAGUUGAUGAUUCGGCUGAACUGAUUGAAUGUGAUAUCCAAUCAGAACCUGAAUAUGGCUCCAAAAAGUUAAGAACCACCUCUUCAGAUGAAGAAAUGACAGAAUGUGUGAUGGACAGGAGAGAUUACACAGGGGUGGAGCUGGGAUCAAGUCUGAACAGAAGUGAAGACAUAGAGGAGAGGAUGGAGAGGAAGACUGGAUAUGGGAUGAGCAGGGAGGAGGUAGACAUACUAUCCAACAUGAAAGAGGAAGGUGGGGAGAAGGAGGAUGGUGUGAGAGAUGAAGAGGAAAAGAAACUUUGGAGGGAGGGCCAAAAAGAGAGAGAUGAACAGAGGGAGAGAGGUGAAACUGAUCCAGCCCUCCAAACUGACAGAGGACUGAAGAAUGAAGGAAAAUCAGACUGUAACCAACAGGAAUGGGAUGGCCUUUCACCUCAGGUCACUUCCUGUCUUCUCAAGCAGCCAAGAGUGCUGAUUCGCCGACUUGAGGUCACAGAGAUGUCGGUUCCUGUAUCAUCACUUCCUCAUCUGAUGGUCAAUAAUGGGGACCAGGGAGUGAGUUCUCCAUGGAAACGGGAUGAGUUUAUGCCAGUGAUGGAAGAGGGCUCACUGAAGCAGAACAAACAGGUCAUGAUCCAGAAGAGGGAGAUGAUUGGCAGCUCCAAGAUCCCACUGAAACAGCCCCCAGAUUCAUCAGAGAAAGAGAUCUUUGCUGGAGACCCCUUUGGAUCCUCUGUCAUCUCUCCCAGGAAAGAAGAAACAGUGCCCAUUCACUGA